AUGCUGCAACCACAGAUAAUAACAUCAUUGCGACGCACGUUCCUUGAUGUCUCGUCGAUCUGCGUAAGGUGUCAGGGUCGACUUGCAAUAUCCUCAACUGCAAGGCAACCAUCCACUCGACCAUUCACCUCGAUACAUACUCUGCGCCAGCAAGAAACAGCUCCCAAGCCCACCCCCGGCUCACCCGCUCCCGACCCCAAAGAUGAAGACAUAUUCAUCCCGAAGCCUCUCGGCCGCCCCAUCGGUUUCAGCAGACCUCCGCAACCGGGCGAAAACACUAGCAAUCCCAAGACCAAAAAAGAUUACUCCGGCAUGAGUAUGUCGCAACGGAACCUCGAGAAGCGCAAAGACCUUGUGGAGAAGUGGGGCACGAACUACUUCCGUGACUUUAAGAAUAUCCGCAAGUACAGAUCAGGAAAGACAUUCAUGGCAAACCCGAGAAUCUUCAAGAAAGAUGCUGCGCUGUACUUUCCCAACUUUCACGGAGAUACACUGGAGGGAAAGGACAAGGACACUACAGACGUGCUCAACGGCAAGAUUAGUGUUGUGAAUGUGUUUAGUUCAGAUUGGGGAGUACGCCAGGUGGACACAUUCACAGGAAAGCAAACGAAUGCUGGGCUGCACGAUAUGCUUGCACAAAACCCGGGCGUUGCGCAGAUGGUGGAUAUCAAUAUCGAAGAGAACAGCAUGAAAGCAAUGAUCAUAUCUUUGUUCCAGUGGCGCUUGAAGGCCUCUAAAGCAAAGGAGGAUUGGGGAAAGUACUUUAUUGUAAAGAGAGGUGUUAGUGAGAGGAUAAGGGAGACUAUCGGAUUAUUAAACGGCAGAGUCGGCUAUGUCUAUCUCGUAGACCAAGACUGCAAGAUUCGAUGGGCGGGUAGCGGGGACGCGGAAGGGACAGAGAUGGAGGACAUGAACCGGGGUUUUGCGAAGAUGGUCUCUGAAGCCCGAUAG